AAAGAAUUCAAAUGACAGGCGCUAAAUGAAUGCAAGGAUUUGCUCAUUUAUCUGUUCCAUUUAUUGAGGUACCUGGCAUGAACAGUCACUGGGGUCUGGGGGGUGUUUUCCCCUUCAAAUUUCAGCAUUUACUCUUCAGUCUUCACCACAUAUCUCUCACCUCACAUGCAUCUCUUAACCACAAAUGAUGAAACCCCAACUGCAUCUGCAUUUCCAACCCUUCCGCGCCAUCAUAUUAACCCUACUUUUCUUGAAUUCCAGGAUGAGAAUCUUCCAUGGGGCGGCUUCAGAAACAAUCGGGCUGAAUCCAGUGAAAGACAUUAACUUUGAUGUAAUGGUGAAAAGGGGUUGUGCUGGAAUGACCAGCGAGUGCCCUGCCAUGGCUUUGGUAGAGGAGGAGGAAGAAGGAGAGAUGAAUUCUGAGAGCAAUAGGAGGGCUUUGUUGGUGCGUAGGAGGUACAUUAGCUAUGAAACUCUAAGAAGAGAUAUGGUGCCUUGUGAUAUACCUGGUGCUUCCUACUACUACUGCAAGGGUCCUGCUAAAGCUAACUCCUACAACAGAGGCUGUGAGAUCAUCACAAGAUGUGCCAGAGAGGUCAAUGGCAUCCAUUCUUGAGCAGUUGUGUUGUAAAGAAAUGAAAUUGAUUGUGCUGUGCAAGAAUGCCUAACAUCUGAAGUCACCAUUAUCAAUUUUUCAUUCAGUCCCAUAGCAUAUGUACAUAGCCUUUACCCCUUAAUCACAGCUCUAGUGAAAAUGCAGUUAAGAUUAUCGAUCUUUCGAGCAUGUUCAUGGUGGCCAUAAUAGGCAAUGGUUUCAAGGAAUCCCUCCGGCUUUGUAUUUCAGCUGGGACUAUAGAAUAGAUCUAGUAAUAAUGUAAUGAUUUGUAUGUAAACUACUUUAUGCAUUUACUUGUCCAAAAACCAAUUAACCAAAUACAUUAUGCUCCCUCCAUUGCAACAAACACAGAGUUUUUUUUCUUUCUGAAAUGCAAAGUUAUAUUUACAUGCAUUUCGGGGAAAGAGUCCCGAAAACAACUAAUUUAAUCGAAAUUCUAGUUAAU